AGAGAAGGAAAAUCCACCGACGGGAUCAGCCGAUUUCACGCGUCGUCUCCAACUCAACAACACCUUCAUUAGAUCAUCUCUCCCUCGCGCACAUUACACACAGUGAGUGGGGUACUGUAUGUAAUAAUCCCUAGAGGAGAAGCGAAUCCAGAAAUGGCGCCUCAUCUCCGUUUUCUUUCCUCAGUUUUUCAUCUCUUUAUCGUGGUCCAAUUGCUCCUGAGCGACGCCGUCCAUUGCAAGACUCUCAAGCGAGACGUGAAAGCAUUAAACGAAAUAAAGGCAUCACUUGGAUGGAGAGUGGUGUACGCAUGGGUUGGCGAUGAUCCUUGUGGAGAUGGUGAUUUGCCUCCAUGGUCUGGUGUAACAUGUUCCACCGUGAGUGGGAGUGACUAUAGAGUUGUUACUGAAUUAGAAGUAUAUGCAGUUUCUAUCGUUGGUCCUUUUCCACUCGCAGUUACCAAUCUGGUGGAUCUGACUAGGCUGGAUCUGCAUAAUAACAAACUGACAGGUCCAAUUCCAUCUCAAAUUGGACGGUUGAAGCGUCUCAAGAUUCUUAAUUUGAGGUGGAAUAAACUGCAAGAUGCCAUUCCUCCUGAAAUUGGCGAACUCAAGCAGCUAACGCAUCUCUAUCUGAGUUUUAACAAUUUUAAGGGUGAAAUUCCAAAGGAGCUUGCGAAUCUUCCUGAGCUUCGUUAUCUCCAACUACAUGAAAAUCGUUUGACCGGGAGAAUUCCACCUGAAUUGGGAACUCUGGCAAAUCUGCGGCAUCUAGAUGUCGGUAACAAUCACUUGGUCGGAACCAUAAGGGAACUUAUCCGAAUUGAAGGAUGCUUCCCAGCUCUGCGUAAUCUGUACCUUAAUAACAAUUACCUCACUGGAGGUGUUCCAUCACAGCUGGCUAAUUUGACGAACUUGGAGAUCCUAUAUUUAUCCUAUAACAAGAUGACUGGAGUUAUACCAUUUGGACUUGCUCACAUUCCUCGACUGACCUACUUGUACUUGGAUCACAAUCAAUUUUCUGGGAGGAUACCUGAUACCUUCUAUAAGCACCCAUUUUUAAAGGAAAUGUACAUUGAAGGAAAUUCAUUCCGCCCAGGCGUGAAACCUAUUGGUGAACACAAAGUCCUGGAACUCUCGGAUUCAGACUUUGUAGUUUAGUCGAAUGAAUCAUUUUUCCUCGCUGAGUAUUGAUUUUUGUUAGUUAUUAUUUUGUGGUCAUAUGAAUCAGUUAGUAUUCAGAACAAUUGAUGCCAAAAGAUUCAUGUAACGUGUAGCUCCCAAUUAAAACAUCAUUGAAGCUUGGGCUUCUAAGUUGCCAGCACUCUGUAUAUAUUAUGUCAUCUUGCAGUAA